CACAUCAACUAUCAAAUAUCAAAUAAUAUGAUUUCUUCGCUUGAGUGGGUUCCUGCAGGGGUCGCAGACCCAUCGCCAAAGAAAUACGAAUUCAGUCAAGCAGAACUCGAACUCAUUCACAUGAUGGAGAAGCACAAUGUGGAGGACACAAAGGAGAUCAAAGCUCACCAGGAAAUACGAACGGAGAAGGAGAAAUCCAAGAUAAUGGAAGAAAACACCCUCCCGGCCGAUCUCCGAAUGGACGAAUAUUCCAGCGAUGAGGGAGAGGACGAGGCGACGAGAGGAGCUGCUAUCGGACGAUUAUUGGUCGAAAACGACGAAAUAGAAGAACCGGAACCGAAAAAUGUAUCGCGCGAAUCAGAUGGUGUAUCAGAUGAUGAAUCAGAUGGUGAUAGUGAGGAUGAUGACCUGGACGACGUUCCAGAUACCAGGGAGUUUAUGCCCGUUGACUUGGACGGAUUAAAUUCGAUUGGGUUUUCUCAAGUAGGCACAAAUGCUCCAACGUAUAUGGAAGAUUUUGAAGAUGACGAUGAUAGUGAUGCAGAAGAUAUCCAGAUUCGUGGUUCUGAUGCUGUUAUUGUCGUGGCGAAAACCGAAGAGGUGAGUUUGUUGUGUCCUUUCAUGGAUCGCAUCAAUACGUAUCAAUUUAAGGUUACGAAGAGAUGCUAAGAUACUUCCUUCAUUUUAUGUAUAGGAGUUUGCAGCUUUGGAAGUUCAUGUAUAUGAGCAAUUAACAGGAAAUCUAUUCGUACACCACGACAUUCCUCUCCCUGCAUUUCCUUUAUGCCUGAGUCAUGGUGACAUCGGUCCCACUGGUUCGGCUGGAAAUUUUUGUGCUGUAGGAACUUUCGGGCCAGGAAUCGAGAUCUGGAACCUGGAUGUAAUGAAUGCCCUUGAGCCUUCGUGUGUCCUUGGAGGCGAGGAUACAUCCAUGGCCGACGACAUUAUGAGACUUAACAUGAUGGGUGCCUCUGAGAAGAAACACAGCAAUACACUUUCACCACAAGGUAGAUCCCUAAAACCUGGAAGUCAUACUGAUGCUGUAAUGGCAUUAUCAUGGAAUAAAGUUCACCGACAAGUAAUUGCUAGUGGAUCUGCAGAUUGCACGGUGAAAUUAUGGGAUGUUACACAGGCUCAGUCUGAUAAAGCCAACGCUGCAACUCUAAAACAUCACGAAGACAAGGUACAAUCCGUCUUGUGGCAUCCGAAGGAGGGGACACUCCUCGCCACUGGAUCGUAUGAUCGAACUGUGGGUCUGGUUGAUGCUAGGAGUACAGAGAAUGUGAAAACAGUAAAAAUACCAGGAGACUGCGAAUCUUUGGCAUGGGACCCUUUCAACCCUCAAUACUUAUCUGCUGCUAGUGAGGAUGGAACUGUUACGUGUUGGGACGUUCGCAAAUUCUCAACCAAAACUCCCCUCUGGUCCAUUGUGGCAAGCGAAUUCGGAGGAGUCAGUGAUCUGGCAUACAAUACGUGAGUUUUCAAAAAUAUGAAAGCAACAUGGUUGUGUUUCUGACUUUACAUCUUACCUCACUCCUUCUUUUCGAAAAUGUCAGCCAUGUUCCUGGUAUGAUGGCAACUUCUUCUGUCGAUAAAACUGUAACAAUUUGGGAUACUGCUACUCAAUCUCCAACAGCGAAAAUGAACAAAGAUAUGAAAGUUGGGAAGCUAUUCACUUUGAAAUUUUAUCCCUCUUUACCAUGGCUUAUGGGUUGUGCAGGAGGUUCGAAAGAAAUGGCGAUAUGGGAUAUGUCACAAGAUGAUACGAUUCAAAAAUGCUUUGGUGACCGGAUAGACCAUUCCUCUCUUGUGCAAACGGAUGAACGUGACAGAAAGCCACAAAAUGAAAUAAGUUUUGAUUCAUUGAUGAACUCGACAUCAGUUGAAAAAACUAAUGGCAAGAGUAAAGGAAAAUCAUCAAUUUCGAACAAAAAGAAGAAAAAGAAAAAGGCACACCGAGCCGGCCGAUGAUUACUGCUUAAAAAAAACAGAUGAAAUGAUAGUCAACGAAUUUUUCAGAGAUGACAAUUUUCAGUACAUGUGGAACAACCAAAUGUAGGUGGCUAAUUGGAUGAAUAGACCAAAAUGCGAGUU